AUGAAGCAAGCCGAGGAAGGGUUUCCAGGUGUGAUUGGCUGCAUAGAUGGCACUCACAUUCCUAUCAUCGCUCCUUCAAUAAAUGAAGGAGAUUAUGUGAAUAGGAAAUCUGUCCACAGCAUUAAUGUGCAGAUCAUAUGUGAUGGAGCCCACAUGAUUAACAAUGUGGAAGCGAAGUGGCCUGGGUCUGUGCAUGACUCACGAAUGUUUCGUGAGUCGACACUGAGUGCCAGAUUUGCCGGUGUAGAGUUCGAUGGUUACCUACUCGGAGACAGAGGGUACCCCUGCCAGCGCUAUCUGCUGACCCCUUACCCUGACCCUGAGCCUGGCCCACAGCGACACUACAACUUGGCUCACUGCAGGACACGAGCCAGAGUGGAGAUGACCAUCGGGAUACUCAAGGCCCGGUUCCAGUGCCUUCGUAGGCUCAGGGUCACCCCAGAGAGAGCUUGUGACAUUAUAGUGGCAUGUGUGGUUCUCCACAACAUUGCCACUAUUAGAGGAGAACAAUGUCCUACUCUUUCCCCCUGUGAUCCAGGUAUUAAUCAUACCCCCCCUGCUGAUACACGAGAUGGAAGAGCUGUUAGAGACAUGAUAUGUGUCAAUCAUUUCUAACUGACCCAUCACCUCCCCAAUGUUCAAGAACGACAAUAUGCAUCUCAUUUUAUGAGGUCUUCUUUAUUUCCUAGAAGGACAAAUUUUGUACAGUUGUUAAUCCUUUGUUGUUGAAACAAUUAAAAAACAUCCACCUGUGGGCACGUCACCCACCUUUAA